AUGCCCGUUAAGCUCGGCGACAAUCAGCGAGCUCAUGACAUCAACCCUGCGAAGCCCUCCGUGGGCCGUGGUCUGGUCCCCGCCGUCCCCGCCGUCCCCGCCGUCCGGACCGGCCAUAACCUCUCCGAUGUGCGUCAUGCCACAGUGCCGAUCUCCGGAGUCAGAAUGAACCCUUCAUCCCCUUCGUCAAACCGAGCCGGAUCCACACUCUGGCCACGAGCAUUAGCUACAAGACCGAGCACACUCGACGCUGCUACCUCCCGCCCAAGUCCCCAGGUCCCGAUUCCCAGCAUGCUGACCCCGGGCACCCGAGACGCCCACUCUGUCUCUCGCGAUCGCUCGGAGAAUAUCCUGGUCAUGAGCGGGAUUGGGAAUUGA